AUGGCUUUAGAAAUCUUGAUUCUCCUUGCUGCCUUGAUUUGGCCCUGCGCUGAGAACAUCAACGUGAAAAUAAGUUGUUCUAUGGACUGGUUGAUGGUCUCUGUAAGCCCAUGUGCAUACAGCAGCAAUUUGUAUAUAUUUGCUGAUGAAUUAUAUCUGGGAUCGGGUUGCCCUGUGACUCGGAUACAAACAUAUGCCUAUGAUUUUAUAUACCCUGUGCAUGACUGUGGGAUCAGGACAAAGGUUGUUUCGGAGGAUACUCUCCUUUUUCAAACAGAGGUGUACUUUAACCCUAGGAAUAUACAUUGUGACCAUCAGAAAAUCCCUUUGGAAUGUUCUGCCCCUAGGAAAUCAGUGUGGCUUACACCAGUUUCUACAGAUAAUGAAAUAAAAUUGGAUCCCAGUCCCUUUAUUGCUGAUUUUGAGACAACACCAGAAGAGUUAGGAUUAUUAAAUUCUAGUCAAACUGACUCCAUACUUAAGGAGAAAUUGAAACUUGGAAAUUGGGCUCAUGAAUUUUGUUGGAAAAACAAUGCUUUUAUACAAAAAUAA